AUGACAAUAAAAGACAUCCCAUAUAUUAAUGUACCGCCAGGGACAAAUGGAAACGGGCACUCUGAAUCUUUCUUUGAAAAGAUUGUCAAUUAUAAGUUCAGUGUCUUGCAGUUAGCAUACCUAUUUGCAGCUUAUUUAGCCCUUAAAAUAAUAUGGAAUCUAAUAGUUUAUAUAUAUCAUAAGAUUAGGAACUCAUUACUCAUAAAAAAAGCUAAGUUAUACAGAAAAAAUAGGGAUGAUUAGCUUUAAGCUUUUUAGAUACCUACUCCAAGCUUAGAUUAAGAUACUUUAUAGAAGGUGCUCAAUGAAGAUGUCACUUCUAUCAAAAAACUUCUUUCUAAAGGAAAAGUUACAAGCGAAGAUUUAGUCAAUAUUUUUGCCAAGAGAUGCUAAUAGUUUAAUCCAUAAUUGGAAGCAAUUACGCAUCUUAAGUAUGAGGAAGCAAUCAUGAAGGCUAAGGAAUGUGACAAGCUUAGAAAAGAAAAGUCUCCUCUUGUCUAAGGCCUUUUAUUUGGUAUCCCUAUUUCAAUAAAGGAGAUCUUCGACGAAAAAGGUUAUCCUUCUACUGUAGGAUGCAUUUAGCGUUUGAAUUAUGUUCCAGUUGAAGAUGGAUUUAUCAUUUAACUUUUGCGUAAAUCUGGAGCCAUCCCAUUAGUUAGAUCAAAUGUGCCUUAGUGUUGCUUCACAUUUGAAUCUGUCAAUAGAAUCUAUGGUAGAGUUAAAAACCCUUGGGAUCUCACCAAAAUGGCAGGAGGUUCAUCAGGAGGCGAAGCAUCCAUUAUCGCUAGUAGACUAUGCCCAAUUGGCUUAGGUAGUGAUCAAGGAGGUUCAAUAAGAAUCCCAGCAGCAAUGUGCGGUAUUUAUGGAUUUAAACCUACAUCUGGAAGAUGUGUAAUUAAUGGUCUUACUCACUACUCAGAAGCUUUUGAUGGACAAACAAUAAACAAAGCUUGCGCUGGACCUAUGGCUAAGUCAAUGGAUGAUACUAUUUUACUAUUUAAAGCUCUUUGUGAUCCUAAUAUUUUAAAAGAAUUUAAUAUAAGUCAAAUUGACCCUAAUUUAACUAUACUUCCUAUCGAUGAGAAUGCUUUGAAUGACUCGAGAAAGAAGAGAAGAUUUGGUUACUUCAAGACUCUCGAAGUGAUAGACUCAUGCUUAGCAGCCUAAAGAGCAGUAGAUAUUAGCAUAGAAAAACUUAGAAAUUUAGGACAUGAAGUUAUAGAAGUAGAAAUACCCAAACAAAAUGAGAUAAUUCAUGCAUUCUUAUAGAACUCAUUCAGCGAUGACAUGCAAAAUUUAAAAGAUAUUUUAAAAGGAGAAAGUUUUCUUGAUGAAUAUCAAAUGCUAGACUUUUUAGCAAGUAUUCCAAACUCAAUGAAAAAGGUAUUAGCCUUUUUAAUGGGAGCUUUAGGUGAAAAAAGAUUAAAAGACCACAUACUAGCAGAUAUGAAUAUAGAUUCUCAUGAUUACAAGGCAGUCGUUUACUAAAUUUUAUAACUAAGAAAAGAAGUUUUAAAGGUAUUUGAUGAGAAUAAAAUAGAAGCCAUCAUUUGCCCUGCAAAUGCUACUCCAGCUUUACCUCAUGGUUCAUCAGCUGAUGUUGCUGAUAUAGUUGCAUACUAAUUUAUGUGGAAUAUACUUGACUUCACAUGCGGUGUUAUACCUGUAACCAGAGUAGAAGAAGGUGAAUAGCAUUAUGAAAAUGCAAGAGUUAAAGACUCUAUAAGUAAAAAAAUUGACAAAUACAUGAGAAUGAAAACAGAAGGACUUCCUAUAGCAGUAUAAGUAGUAGCUCCUCCUUUCAAAGAAGAAGUCUGCUUGAAUGUUAUGAAAAUAAUUGAUAACGGUGUCUAGUUUUAUAAAUAAAUUGAAUUCCCUUCACUAGAAGGAGAGGAAAAAGAAUUAGAAAUUGUUGAAAAGGAUUGA